GGGGGGGAAAACCCAUAAUCUUAAUCAUAUUAUAUUGUUUCUACAUAGGGUUAAUUUUAAAAUUAUUAUUCAAUAACAUUAUACUGUAUACAAAUAGGCAUACAGUCUGUCGACUGAGUCCAACAAGAAAACGCCACGCAGAGUAAAAACAAUAACGCAGACAAAACAUUGAAAGGCCCGUGUGAGCAGCGUCAUUGCUCUAUAGAAUGAUGCUGUUUCUAGAACACGCCCAGGUUCCCGCAAUAGCCAAUUGCGACGCAAUGUUCUUUCUAACCAACCAAUCCAGAUAAGCCUGCCCAUUGCUUUCUUCCCGGUAACUGUUUUGGAAACACAUAAUUGUCCGAAGGAAGAGGGAUCGGAGCUGCCUGCUUUGAGGCCUCCGUGAUGUCUUGCUUUUUUCAAACUGUUUCUAAAAAAUGCACAUCCAGAGAGGCAAGCGAAAGUAUUAUAGAGGAACAAUUACGCCAAUGGGGGUUGACGGCUAUUCAUCUGUAUCCCUAUCAGAUAGAAGGUGUAAACUGGAUGAUAAACUCCUAUGAAACUGGGCAUGGCUGUAUUCUGGGUGAUGAAAUGGGACUGGGGAAGACUUGCCAGACUAUUGGUCUGCUUGUUUUUUUGAGUGGGAAGCUUCAAAAGAAACCUUUUGUGAUCAUUUGCCCUCUCUCUGUGUUAAACAACUGGAGAGAUGAAUUAAAAAGGUUUUCUCCGAGCCUUUCCACUGUGAUAUAUUCAGGAAGCAAAGAAGAAAGAGCUGAACUACAACAGGAUUUGAAAUCAAAUCAUGGUUUCCACAUUUUGCUGACUACUUAUGAGAUGUGCCUCAAAGAUGCAGCUUUUCUAAAACGUUUUAACUGGACUUGCCUUGUUGUGGAUGAAGCUCAGAGAUUGAAGAAUCAGGAUUCAUUACUUCAUAAAGCACUAUCUGAGUAUUCAACAGAUUUCCGUCUCCUGCUGACUGGUACUCCAAUUCAGAACAAUCUUCAAGAGUUAUAUUCCAUGCUUACUUUUAUUGAACCAGUUAUAUUUCCCAAGGAACUGGUAGAUGAAUUUGUUUGCCAUUACCAUGAAAUUGAAAAAGACACUGAAAAAGUCAAAGAACUUCACAGUCUGUUGCAGCCUUUGUUGCUCAGGAGAGUGAAGGCCGAAGUUUCAGAAGAAAUUCCAAAGAAGGUAGAAGUGGUUCUCUACCAUGGAAUGUCAGCACUGCAGAAAAAACUUUAUAAGGCUCUUCUUGUGAAAGAUCUAGAUGCAUUUGAAAAUGAGUCGGGAAAGAAAGCUAACAUCCAAAAUGUGUUGAUUCAACUACGAAAAUGUGUAGCUCACCCAUAUCUAUUCAUUGGUGUUGAACCAGAGCCCUUUGUCAUUGGAGAUCAUCUCAUUGAAGCCAGUGGUAAACUGCACUUGUUGGAUAAACUUCUUUAUUUUCUGUAUGAUGGUAAGCAUCGUGUUCUGUUGUUUUCACAAAUGACCCAGAUGUUAGAUAUUCUGCAAGAUUACAUGGAUUAUAGAGGUUAUAGCUAUGAGCGCCUGGACGGAUCUGUCCGAGGUGAAGAGAGACAUCUUGCCAUUAACAACUUUGCUCAGCAGCCUAUUUUUGUUUUCCUUCUGAGUACCAAGGCAGGUGGAGUUGGUAUUAAUCUUACAGCAGCAGAUACAGUUAUUUUUGUUGACAGUGAUUUUAAUCCACAAAAUGAUGUGCAAGCAGCAGCCAGAGCCCAUAGGAUUGGCCAGAACAAACCAGUAAAAAUCAUACGCUUGAUUGGGAGAGACACUGUAGAAGAAAUUAUCUACCGGCGAGCAAUAUCAAAACUUCAAUUAACUAACACUGUUAUUGAAGGGGGGCAGUUUGCACUUGGAGCACACAAAACUCGGGAUAUAUCAGAUGUUCAGCUAAAUGAAAUCCUGAAGUUCGGUUUGGACAAAUUGUUGUCAUCAGAAGGGAGUACUGUCUGUGAUCUAGACUUGAGAAGUAUCCUUGGGGAGACAAAGGAUGGAAUAUGGUCAAUGGAUCCAGUGCAAUCAAGCACAGAAAUAAAUGAAGAGCAUACUUUGGAAAGCCAUAUGUACAUAUUUGAGGGCAAAGACUAUUCCAACGAAACUAGCCAAGAGGACAAGAAGGCCUAUGAUCAUUUGCUAGAACAUCAGAAAGCUCUCCUUGAAGAACUUAGUCAAGGAGGAAGAAUUCUCCGAAAUAAAGAAAACGUUUUUCUUAUGAUGGCUGAUAUGGGACCUAGUAAAAAAAAGCAUAAACUGAGCCCAGAAGAGCUGGAAGUUCAGCAGAAAAAAAUGCAGGAAGCAGCAGCAAAGAGGGCAAGGCUCAGAGAAGAAAAGAGGCAGAAGGCAGCAGAGGCUGAACAGCAGAAAAAGAAAGCCUUGUGGGAAGCCAAUCACUAUCAGUCUUGCUGCCUUGAGUCAGAAGAAAGCAGUGAAGAAGAAGACAAAGAAGAAGGGGAAAAUGUAUUGGAUUUAGAAUAUACAGACCCUGAGGAGACUUUUAUAAAGUAUAUGAUAGGUGAUGUUACCCAUCCCAUAGUAGCAGAUGGGGAUGCCAUAAUUGUUCACUGUGUAGAUGAUUUUGGCCACUGGGGAAAAGGUGGUUUAUUCACAGCGCUCAGGAAUCGUUCUGACCAACCAAAGGAAAUAUAUGAACUAGCAGGAAAGAUGAAAGACCUGACUUUAGGAGGAACUCUUUUAUUCUCCAUUGAUGAUAAGAAAUCCAGGAGUAAAGGAUCAGAUUGGCUGGCUCUUAUUGUAGCACAGCACCGGGACCAUUCAAACAACUUGUCUGGAAUUAAGCUUCCUGCAUUAGAAAAAGGAUUGAAGAAAAUUUAUCAUGAAGCCAAGAAAAGAAAUGCAAGCAUUCAUCUUCCUCGCAUUGGCUAUUCAACCAAAGGCUUUAAUUGGUAUGGAACAGAACGCCUCAUUCGCAAACACUUGGGAUCCAGAGGAAUUCCCACAUUUGUAUACUACUAUCCAAGAAAUCGUCUUCAAAAUAAUCCACAAUAGCAAUAUUACAAUCUUAAAAGUUUUCCAGCUAUUAAGCGGAAAUUGGCAUUUUCAGUGGAUAAACUGAAUUAGAUAUUCACUUUUGUUUUGUUUUUGUGUUAAUUAGAAUUGUAUUUUACAGUUCUGAAUACUGUCUAUAUUAAUGGGGCAAAUUAUGCUUUAGAAAAAAUAUCCAAAGCUUCAGAGAUGAUCUGAAAAAAUGAAGUGUUAAAUGACAUUUGAUAAAGAGAGUGAUUGCACAAUAAAAGAAUUAUCUGAAACCAA